AUGUUUGCGGAGAAGUCCCUUCAACAGGGUAUCAUCAUACAACAGUCAUCAAUGGAGCAGCAUUGCAGCUCUCUCGUCUAUACAGAAUCAGGCAUGCAACCGUACGAAUACACCGAUGAAGAACUCGUCCACAUGACCACAGUGCAGCUGCGAAAUCUCCUCGAACAGCACAUUAUCAGUCCUGAGCAGCAUCAUGAAUUUCGUAGCCGUCGACGUCGCCUCCAGAAUCGCAAGUAUGCCAGGCGUUGUGCGAAGAAGAAGCAAACAGAAGUAGCCGAGCUAACGUAUGCGACCCAAAAUGAGUCAUCAGCCAUAAAGGUAAGACGUUCUAUUUGA